UUAGAUCUUAACCACCGUGUAUCUUUAUGGGGUGACCCGUCUUUAUGAUUAUUAAUGGGCCUUUAUAACUCGAUGACCAUCACUAACAGAAGAAAAUAUUAUGAUAGGCCAUCUUGGUGUUGAGAAGACCCGGCUUCAUGAUGUGGGUGAAAUUCACUAUCAAGAUCAUGAUAGCAUCAUGGGUGUUCUUGUCUGUUGGCGCAAAUCAUUCAUGUGACAGUGAACCUUGCCAGCCAGGAUAUUUCUGCCACCAGGAAAAGUUCAUCUGUUUGGAUUGUCCUAGCGGGACUUUUCAGCCAGAGAUUGGGAGAUCUCCUUUCUGCAGAAACCACACAGCAAAUCCCACAGGUAACCAUCAGAGUUAUCACCUACUGCAAGCAGGAACUACAACUGAAGACAACAUUUGGGAGCUCACAAACAGUAACACUUCAGAUAUCUUUAAUGCAUCACCAUCUGAGGAAGUGAAGCAGUCCCAGUCUAAUGAUAAUGUGAUUAUCAUUACGCUUCCUGUCAUUGCAGUUCUAAUAAUAAUAAUAACAGGCCUUGUUAUCCUGAUAUACUGUUUGUUGAAGAAAAGAGUGUUAAGGGUAGAUCAACAACAGCAUCAAGCCCAGGAAGGAGUAGAUCUACCUCUAACUCAAAAUAACUUAGAAGCUGCUUCUAACUCAUGAAGGCAAACAAUUAUUUAUUCAAAACUAUUAGAGAUCUACCAGUAAAAAUGUAUAUGGUCACCCACAGUUAUUAGUUAAAAAUGUUUACUUUCCUCUUCAUAACUGUGGUGUGUCCCCUUGUGAACAUUGUGCAAUGUAUUACUUCAUGAGUGGACUAUUAAUGUUAGAACUGGUGUGUGGCUAUGUGAUUGGCUAAUCAGUGCAUUUAAAAAAUUCUAGUAUAGAUUGCUAGAUUGUAGUUUUUAAACAGUUAAAAUUGAAAUUCUGUCUUCCUUUAAAAUGUUUGUAGAUGAGAAACUCUUAAUAAGUGGAAAUUGAAUGAAAAUAUG